CCCGGUGAUGUUGGCUGUUUCCUGCUCCUUCUACACGGCUGCAGCUGGAGCCUUUGAGUGCUGCUCGGCAAGGAGCAAACGCUGGUCACAGAUCGGACAACUUGAGCUUUAAUCAAAGCAAGCGAUCCUUAGCCCCACUGAUUUUUCACAUUUCUUUCAUAGCGAUGCGGAGAAAAUCAAGGAUAUUAUUAUGUUUCGCCGUCCUUUGGGUGCUUGGUAUAGCAUACUAUUUCUACUCGGGAACAACAUUGAACCGAAAGGAUGACUGGAGGGACGCGGAUGCACAGGCACAGAGCAACGCAGAUGACAAAUCCCAAGGGUUGGAAACCCUCCCACCAGGCAAGGUGAGGUGGCAGGACUUUGACCAGGACCUGUAUGUGGGGGCGACGGUGGUGCGACCGGGGCAGGACCCCUACGCCCGGAACAAGUUCAACCAAGUGGAGAGCGACAAGCUCCGCAUGGACCGUGGAGUCCCCGACACUAGACAUGACCACUGUCGCCACAAACAGUGGAAGAAAGACCUGCCAGCAUCUAGUGUGGUGAUCACCUUCCACAAUGAGGCCCGAUCAGCACUGCUGCGUACGGUGGUCAGCGUGCUGAAGAAGAGCCCCCCACCCCUAAUCAAGGAGAUCAUCCUGGUGGACGAUUACAGUGACAACCCUGAAGAUGGGGCUUUGUUGGGAAAAAUAGAAAAAGUCCGGAUCCUUCGAAACGAUCGUCGAGAAGGUCUGAUGCGCUCGCGGGUGAGGGGGGCGGACGCCGCAACGUCCGGGGUCCUCACUUUCCUGGACAGCCACUGCGAGUGCAACGAGCACUGGCUGGAGCCGUUACUGGAGCGGGUGGCAGAGGACAAGUCACGCGUCGUCUCCCCCAUCAUUGACGUGAUCAACAUGGAUAACUUCCAGUAUGUGGGUGCGUCUGCGGAUCUCAAAGGAGGCUUCGACUGGAACCUGGUCUUCAAGUGGGACUACAUGACCCUGGAGCAGCGGCGAGCGCGCCAGGGCAACCCCAUCGCCCCCAUCAAGACCCCCAUGAUCGCUGGCGGCCUGUUUGUUAUGGACAAGGGCUACUUUGAGGAGCUGGGGAAGUAUGACAUGAUGAUGGACGUGUGGGGAGGAGAAAACCUCGAGAUCUCGUUUCGUGUGUGGCAGUGCGGCGGGAGCCUUGAGAUCAUCCCCUGCAGUCGCGUCGGCCACGUCUUCCGCAAGCAGCAUCCUUACACCUUUCCAGGUGGCAGCGGAACUGUGUUCGCCAGGAACACAAGGCGAGCAGCUGAAGUGUGGAUGGACGAAUUUAAGAACUUUUACUACGCAGCUGUGCCUUCAGCCCGAAACGUGCCCUACGGCAACAUUCAGAGUCGUUUGGAGAUGAAGAAGAGGUUGGGCUGCCAGCCCUUCAAGUGGUACCUGGAGCACGUCUACCCAGAGCUACGGGUUCCUGACCACCAGGACAUCGCGUUCGGGGCCCUGCAGCAGGGCAGCAACUGCCUGGACACACUGGGCCACUUUGCCGACGGGGUGGUGGGCGUCUAUGAGUGCCAUAACGCCGGAGGCAAUCAGGUACCUUUGCGAGCGCAGGAGUGGGCCUUAACCAAGGACAAGUCGGUGAAGCACAUGGAUCUGUGCCUGACGGUGGUGGACCGCACGGCAGGAUCGCAAAUCAAACUGCAGGGCUGCAGGGAAAACGACAGCCGGCAGAAAUGGGAGCAGAUUGAGAGCAACGCCAAGCUGCGGCACGUAGGCAGUAACCUGUGCCUGGACAGCCGAGGGGCUCGCACGGGGGGGCUGACCGUGGAGGUGUGCAGCCCCUCGCUCACGCAACAGUGGAAGUUCACCCUUAAUCUGCAGCCCUAGUCCCACCUCUCCACCUUUCACUCCUCUCAUCCCUUCAUCCUCCCUCCCUCCCUCCCUUCCUCCCUCUCUCCCUCUCUCUCAAUCGUCCAUCCACCCUGGUAGAGCCUUGUCAGGCUGCCUAUUGGGCCACACCAUCCAGGACACGGCACCAAGUUGUGGGACCUGAGCACCAGUCCUGGGCGACUAUGGUGUGUGGGGUGUUGGAGCAUAUGAGAAACAGUGUGCGUGUGUGUGUUGAAGAUUUCCCAUCCAACUAUAUACCUCAUUGUUUUCAACUUUGGUCCACCUUCUUGGAAAAGUGAAUCUACAUUUUUUUUUUUCUUUUCUUUGGUGUUUUUAUUUCAUUUAAGUUCCUUGUUCCUUCUUUCUGAUGUCCUGAAUCUUUCUGGAUUUGUUUCUUUCUUUUUUCAAGUCAAUAUUUUUCUAUCGCAUUAUUUUUCUCCAUUGAAUUUUCCACCACAUUUCUGAGAGAAAACAAUCUUUUUUUAUAUUUUCUUUCCUUCCUUUUCAAAUAACUAACAUUGUCGAAUGUAAAAAACAAAAAAAACAAACAAACUUUGAACCGUCUCCAUCGCGGCUCCCAGCUGGUGCUCCACCGCCGCCCCAGAGCUGACCACCGGUGGUCAUUCACUCGGCACACUUGGGGUUUGUUCCUUUGACUGCUUCUUGGAGUGUUCCCGGCUUCCCAAAGGGGGAGAACUCUACAACUGAGCACAAUUCUCCCUCUCAGACUUUGACGAAGGUUGAAGCAUUUGGCCUGCUUUUUUGGGUUUUCUUUUCUUUUGGUUUUUCGCUUUUUUUGGGUGGAGGGAUCUAGUGAUCAUGAAUUUCUGUGUUUAAA